GCAGGAGCGGCCGUAGCGCGGCGGCGGCGGCGCGAUGGAGGGCGGCGGCGCGUACGGGGCGGCCAAAGCCGGCGGUGCCUUCGACCCGGUGCGCUUCGUGCAGCAGCCGCAGGUCCUGGCGCGCAUCGCCAGCGCGGUGUUCGCCCUGAUCGUGUUCGCCUGCCUGGUCGGGGAGGGCUACACCAACUCGCCCCGCUCCUCGCAGCUCUACUGCGUCUUCAACCACAACGAGAAUGCCUGCCGCUACGGCAUCGGCAUCGGCGUGCUCGCCUUCCUGGCCUGCAUUUUCUUCUUCAUGGUGGAUGCCUACUUCCCGCAGAUCAGCAACGCCACCGACCGCAAGUACCUGGUGCUGGCCGACCUCGGCUUCUCGGGGCUCUGGACCUUCCUUUGGUUUGUCGGCUUCUGCUUCCUGACCAACCAAUGGGCCUGGACACACGAUGAGGACGUGCGCAUCGUGGCCGACUCGGCGCGUGCCGCCAUCACCUUCAGCUUCUUCUCCAUCUUCUCAUGGGGCCUCCUGAUCACCUUCGCCUACAAGCGGUAUAAGAUGGGGGUGGAGGACUUUGCGCACAGCUACGUCGACCCCUCGCCAGAGGUCUCCACACCGUACUCCAGUUACCCCAACAUCAGCCAUGACAGUUACCAGCAGCCACCCUUCACCCAGACCGCAGAUGCCACCGAGGGCUACCAGCCACCACCGGUGUACUGAGCCCAGCCCACAGGGAUGGCUGUACAAGUGCAAUUUUCUCUUGCGGGGUGGGAAGGGAGGGACCUAUAACUUGAACGGGGAAGGGGGCAGGAGGGUGAUGGUUGCUUUGUGUGAAGACCACUGGGGUUGGGUGGGUGCUGGGGCAGAGGGUAGGGCCUGGUGCCUAUGGUGGAGCCAUGUGCUCCUUGCUGUGAAGCAGUGAUGGCUGAGUAGAACCUGCUGUGCACAGCCAGCUCCUCUAGGGGGAGAGGGGGAGAGUUGGUGCUCUGGAACGGCUGAGCCCGAGCCCCACUGCUGUGCCUCUGGGGGAGUAACGGUGAGCACCCCUUGUUCCCUCCUGGUGCUGCUGCCUUGGCCAGCUCUGCUGACUGCAGUCCCCAGGUGCCACCUUUAACUGCUGUAGCAUCUGUCCCAGCACAGCUGCACGGUGCAGUCCAGCUCCUGCCUGCCACUGGGUUUGCAUGCCUUCCUCCCCUCCUUCAGCUGCUGCUGGCCGAGCUUGAUGCCAAAGCCUCAUCUUCUGAAUAUGCACCCUUGUGCUGUGCCUUCCCCAGAGCCUGCACGGGAGCAGCUGGCACUCGGUGGUUUGGGAUCCGUGGGAAUGGUGGGUGCUGGGCUCACAGCAGGGCAGCUCCCUUCCCCCCAGAGCACCUCCCUGCCAACUGCAGGCCCUGUGUCUGUCUCACACUGAACCCUGCGGGGGUCUCCCCAUGCCCUGCUCACUGCUGUCCGAGCCGUGCCCUGCUCAGCAGCCACUGUCCCCAGGCUGGGUGCUGUGCUGUGCCUCCACGUGGGCUGUGGCUUGUCUCAGGUUGUGUGCUGCUGUGCCUGUUGUGAAGCUGUUCCCAGCAGCAGUGUGAGGUAUGUGAGCUGUAGCUGCUGGGGCUGAUAUUCAACUAUGCCUUUAUCACUGUAGAGAUGGAAUAAACUUUUUCACCUAGCCA